AUGGCACACUGCGUCGAAAACAUUCUCACACAAACUCCGUACUCCACAACAACUGGAAUGAAAGAAAUAGUCGAUCUCUACCAAGAAAUGCCGAGACAUGAAAGAGAAACAGUAACUCAACAAGCGAUCGAAAACACCAUCAACAAGUACGACCUCCGUAGAUCCGAAUACACACUUGAAAUAAUGGACUUGUCAGAUCAAGUGCGAGAAAAUGAAUACUCCAAAAUCGUCCGUAUGAUCAACAACCAAUAUGGAUUACUAGAACAAAAGGAGAAAGAUGACAACAUAUUCUACAUCCACCUACUCUGCGAAAUCCAAGAGAUUCCGUAUUGA